CGUUAAGGAUCUCAAAUCACCGUUGAUCUUAGAUCUGGGCAACCUAAAAGUUGAAACAAACACGGAUUUGAUAUUUACUUAUCAACAUAUGUGUGUGUGAGAGAGAGAGAGUGUAUGUUACUGUAAUAUUUAGAUGAAAGAAGGGCAAGGUAGUAGCGAUCAAAUAGGGAGUGGAGAGGGAACGUUCGUUUGAAAUCUCCUAUAAAAUGGGUCGUUGGGGAACGGUUAUUCCUUUUGGAAGAAGAAAACAAGAAGAAGAAGAAGAAGAUUGCCUUGUAGAAGAAGAAGAAGAAGAUUGCCUUGUAGAAGAAGAAGAAGAAGAAGGAGGUUGCCUUGUGGAAUCUGAAUUAUCUGAAACAGAAGGGAGGAGUCAUGAAUUCUGCCAGUUUCCAGGGCCAGCCCGGCACAGAGAUCGUGCUUCAUGAACCAGUGGACCAGCACCAACUGCCCAACAAGAAGGGCAGGAGGAAGAAGAGACCCAAACUCCCUCGGCCCCCCACCACCCAAUUGUCCCCGUGGCCAGGCGAUGUCAACGCAGCAGAAACAUCCGCCGCCACAAAGCCCCCCAAAAGGCCUUACCGGAAACGGGCAGUGCCCUUUGCCGGCGGUGAAGGAGUUCACCCCUGCACCGAGUGCGGCAAGCGCUUCCGCUCAUGGAAGGCCCUCUUUGGCCACAUGCGCUGCCACCCGGAGCGGCACUGGCGCGGUAUCAACCCCCCCGCUCAUCUCCGCCGCCCGCUUCCUUCCCCGCCGCCGCUAAUUGGACCCAAGGACCAGCCACCGGCGGCCCCUGUUUCUCAAGCAACCGUUGAGGAAGAAGAGGUGGCGGAGUGUCUGGUGAUGCUUUCCUCUUCCGCCGCCACUGCCACCGCUGCUGCUGCCGGCCUGCAGCCUGAAGGGUUGCUCCUUCUGUCCCUCAGUCUCGACCCACCUGAGUUCAGUCCCCUGCCACAGAGCACCGCCGGCAACUUGGCUUUUGGGUCCCGCCAGUCUCUUAUCAGGCACAGGACCAGUAAUAAGAAUGUAGGAUGCUUUUCCAGGCGUGGUGACGAGGACGGCCAUGAUCGGAAAAUGGCUGCUUCCGGUGAUGGCGGCAUUCAGAACGACCAUGGCAUGAUGAUGAUGAUGAUGUCAAUGAACCACCACCACCACCACCACCAUCAUCAUAGAUGUCAUACCUGUUUGAGGGUGUUCCCUAGCGGCCAGGCUCUUGGGGGGCACAAGAGGUGCCAUUGGAGAGGAGAAGAACAUCAGCAGCAGCAGCAGCAGCAGUAUGGCAUUGGCAGCUCUCUCCAACAGCAAGGCAGUGCAGGGAAAGUCUAUGUUUUGGAUCUGAACCUGCCUGCUCCUGUAGAUAUGGAAGAAGAUGGCGGCCACGGUCUUGCUCUGGAGCUCACCUUAGGAUGUGGGUCGGAGCCCGAUCAAAGGCACUUUGGCUGGAGAUGAUCGACCUAUAGUUACUAUCAAACUCUGCUCCUCUAAUGGGGCACCCUUGUUGAAAGAUAAUAUAGGAAUUACCCUCUUUCUGUAUUAUAUACUUACUUUAUUAAGAUCAAACAAUAUGUAAUAGAACUGCAUCGGUUAGUGGCACCUAAAUUUUUUUGAUGGUGCCCAAUCGUUGUACUGGAUAAUCCUUUUUCAGUUUCUGUUGUAUAUACAUGUA